AUGGAAGGCUGUAUAGACUCCAUUGAUAAGUCAGGCAUGCCCAAAGAUACUACUAGUGGUAGACUCGUACAUCUCGACGUGAAUUCAACAUUUACGAGUGCAGUGUAUCGUUUUGCUUCUCCGAGGGUAUCUGAUAAAAUUAUUCAGGAAUAUGAAAUCAGAACGAAGAGGAGCGCUCGCGAUUUAAUUAUGAGCAGUCACGAAUUUCCAAAAUUUGCUGGAUUUCGGGGAAACAUAUUCGAAGACUUUGCCCAUAGGGAGUUGCGAAAUGGCGGUACGUUUAGGAUACGUUGCCUGAAUACUAAUAACUCAGAGGCUACCGAAAUACAUACCGAAAAGUUGGAGUAUAAUUGGUUUAUGUCACUGGAUGAAGCACGUAAGGGGUAUUAUAACAGACCAAAAUCAAAAACAUUUGCAUCCAUUGAUUCUUUUAGCCUUAACGGCGAAACCUUGGCCUUAUAUCAAAUUACGGUCUCAGAAAAUCAUGGAAUAAAG